AUGGUGAAUCUGGAACCCUCUACGGCCUUGGAGUGUUAUCGAGCCCCUGCUCCGGAUGACCUUCCACCCGGAUUGUUCAUGAGUGGGAGUGGAGUCUCUGGUUGGUGCUUGUCUGAUCUGUUUGGCUGCUAUGCAAUUUGCACCCACAGAGUGUAUGGCCAUGUUCGUGGACAGCCCCCUGAACAGCCCCUUACAAUCCAGGGAGAGGUCCUCAAAGUUGUGGAGCGUUUUACAUAUCAUGGAAGUUGUAUUAGUUCUGACUGUAUUGUGACAGAUGAGAUCAAUGCACGAAUCUGCGAGGCUCGGAUCGCGUUACCUAAUUUAAUGCACCUACUUGGACGUGUGUAUCAGGCAGCAGUACGGGCUGUUUUGUUGUAUGACUGUGAGACUAGUCCUGUUCGAGCAGCGGAACUGAGAUGUCUUCAGGUGUUUGACAGCCGUUGUCUGAAAACCAUAGCUCUUGUGUUCCAAAGUUCUGGUCUAUCUGUCCAUGCGACAAGUGACGAGCAGAGUCACCAGGUAGCACCAAACCAUACACUACUCCCGGUACCUAUAGGAACCGAGGUGGCUCAAUCGUUAAAGCGCGAUUUUACUGACUGGAAGGUCCGCUGCUCGAACCCAACCUCUGCAUUUCAGCUGUCUAGGCUUGGGCAACCUGACAGUAUCUCAGCCGUCGUGCUUCUCUUGGGUGGUGUGGCAUCUAGGCACCGAAAGAGUUCUAAAGCUGAGCGACGAACCAAGACGCUGCAAGCAGUUAUCAGAUCGUUGUUGAACGCGCGGCUCUAUUGUUGGACCAAGUGGUUAGAGCGCGAAUUUACUGACCGGAAGGUCCGUGGUUCGAACCCGACCUCUGCCACACGACUUCCCCUUUCUAGGUUUGGGCAACCUGGCAGUAUCCCAGCCCUCGUACCUUCGUGUGGCAUGGCAGCUAGGCACCGAACGGAAACCUGGCCGCUGUGCGCUGAGGACCUUAAAAGACUUAAAAGACCAUCAAUGUAUGCAGAGCGUUGCCCGAGUCUGGUGGAACACCGGAUCAGUAACGCUCAACUACGUCGAAUGGUUUUCGGCAAAAAUAACUUGCCCACGAUUGAUGAAUUGAUCACACUCCAUAGAUCGCGCUGGCUUGGUCACGUGCUCUGUUGGCCAGUCUACCGACUUCAUCGAAGGGCUCUUUUCGCACAACCAUGUGCGAGGGGAGGUCAAAAAAUCACUUGGCAGUGA